UUGCAGGUUUACAGGAAAAAAUACUUUCAGGAAGUACAGCAAUACUUCGUGAUUAAUGACGAUUGUUUUGUCGCUGCUAUCGUAGUAGUUCUAAAUAAAGCAAAGGUGAGGACUGUCAGACGACCAUGAGCCGUCUACCCCUGCAGCAGCAGCAAAGCUGUGGUUCCUGGGAGCUGAAGGAGCGCCUGGGGACCGGAGGCUUUGGGAAUGUCACCAGGUGGCAGGACAAGGAUACAGAAGAGCAGAUAGCCAUUAAGCAAUGUCGUCAGGAGCUGAGUGAGAGAAACCGAGAGCGUUGGUGUCUGGAAAUACAGAUCAUGAAGAGACUGGACCAUGUGAAUGUGGUAGCAGCCAGAGAAGUUCCUGAAGGACUGCAGUCGUCCUUAGGCACCAACGAUCUGCCACUUCUGGCCAUGGAGUACUGUCAGGGAGGAGACCUGAGGAAGUAUCUGAAUCUUUUGGAGAACUGCUGUGGAAUGAGGGAGGGUUCCAUACUCAUUCUGCUACGAGACAUAUCUUCUGCUCUGACAUACCUUCAUAAGAAGAGGAUUAUCCACAGGGAUCUAAAGCCUGAAAACAUUGUCCUUCAGCAGGGAGAGAAGAGAUUGAUUCAUAAGAUCAUUGACCUGGGCUAUGCCAAGGAGCUGGACCAGAACAGUCUAUGUACCUCAUUUGUCGGAACGCUACAGUACUUGGCUCCAGAGCUCUUGGAGAGACAGAAGUAUACAGUGACCGUGGAUUAUUGGAGCUUCGGAACAUUGGUGUUUGAGUGCAUUACAGGGUUCCGCCCUUUUCUGCCAACCUGGCAACCCGUGCCUUGGCAUAAUAAGUUGAAGAUGAAGCAGGAUCAUGACAUUGUGGUUUAUGAGGACCUGGCAGGGGAGGUUCGGUUCUCGAAACACCUCCCUCAGCCCAACAACCUCAACACUCUGUUGUUGGAGCGUCUGGAGAGCUGGUUGCAGCUGAUGCUGAGGUGGUCUCCCCAGGAGAGAGGCAAGACGGAUCCCCAGGCCCCUUCCUCUAACUGCUUCUCUCAGCUGGAAACCAUCCUGGAGCUGAAGCUGGUUCACGUAUUAAACAUGGUGUCUGCUAAGAUCCACACCUACUCCAUCUCGGCGAAUGAGAAAGUGGCAGAUCUGCAGCAGCGAAUCGCGUGUGACACCGACAUUCCUCCAGCCAAUCAAGAGCUACUGUUAGAGGCAGGCCUAGCUCUGGAGCCACAAGGAGAAGCGGGGCAGUGUGCCAUUGACUACACUGAGAUAGAUGGGAGGAGGACAGACCUUCCUCUGGUUUUCCUGUUUGACCGUUCCUCCAGCAAGUACGAGCCCCAGUUCACUCCCCGCACAAUGCCAGAGAACAUACGCUUUGUCCAGACGGACCCUAGGCACGUGUUAUCCUACAGCCCACUGAGAAGGACCUGGGGCCAGGCCUGGCACACCAUCCGCACCCUGAAGGAAGAUUGGCAGAGGUUACAGCAGGGACAAAAAGCUGCCCUUAUGAGUCUGCUGAGACAUAACAGCUCUCUGUCGAAGCAGAAGAAUGAGAUGGUGUCUAUGAACCAGAGGCUGACAGCUAAGCUGGAGUUUUUCAACACCAGCCUGCACAUUGACAUGGAAAAGUACCAGGAGCAGAGGGCUACAGGAAUAGCCUCUGAAAAGCUGCUGGGUGUGUGGAGGGAGAUGGAGCAGACUGCAGUCAGCUGUGGCCAGGCAGAGAAAGUAACUGAGCUGGAAGAGGAGAUGAUGCUCCUCCAGACAGACAUCGUGGACCUCCAGAGACAGCCGUGGAGGAGUGGAGAGGCCCUGGACACACUUGAAGGGAAGGCCAUGGAAUUGUUCCGCAAACUGAGGGAAAAACCCAGAGACCAGAGGUGUGGGGGGGACUGUCAGGAAGUGGUUCGUCUGGUGUUCCAGGCCAUUCAGUUCUAUGAGAAGAAACUCAAAGACUUCUACACACACCUCAGUAAGACAGUGAUAUGUCGGCAGCGUGUGAUGGAGCUGCUACCUCGUGUAGAGGGUGUGGUUCAGACGAUGGCUGAGAGUGAACAGGUGCUCAUGAAUCUACAGGAGAGACGACAGCGGGAACUAUGGAACCUGCUCAAAGUAGCAUGUAGUAAGGUGCGUAGCCCAGUGAGUGGUAGUCCGGUGGAUGGGGGCCGUUCGUCCUCCUCUGUUCCCCCACUUCUGACCCCCCGACCCAGUCUACAGCAGCUUGAUGAGUCUCUGUUGGUAAUUGAGGAGAGUAAGACUUUUGAGAAUCGACUACAGAAUCUGCUACAGGACACCAUCCAGGAGUCUGAGAGCAACAUGCAGCUGCUGAGAGAGUGGACAUGGCUGAGUGGAAGACAGGACCUCUCCUCUGAUAUCUCCUGACUUCCGUGGUUUUGAUCAGUCGUGUUGUUAUCUCUUGAAUGGUCAUUGGAAGGAUUGGAGUUAGCAUAAUGUAAUCCUAGACCUGAGGUCCAAAGCCAUUUUGUUCUCAAUGUGAUGUCAACAGGAGUGACAUUCUAGACCCCGUGUAGUACUCUGCUGCCACCUUGUGGUGGGGAACACUUUCUGCCACAGAUUGCAUUGAGCAGUUUACAUAAUAACGGACUGAACCAAAAUGUACGUUAUCCCCUUUUAAAGGGUUAGUAUUGCUCAAGCUAUCCCUCCUAGAAAGGUACAUCUCGUUGCCAUUUUUUGCCAGGUUUUUUUAUAUAUAUUUUUAUAAACUAAUUUCUGCUUCAAAAAUAGCUUUCAAAUAGUAAUAGUAUUCAUAUGAUUACCUAUGCAACUGACCUUUACUGGAUUUUACCAAGAGGUUGAAGUGUAAAAUGUCUCAAAACAACAGGGGUCUGAGAAAAGGGUAAUAUUUUGGUUAUCUUUUUGUUGCGCAGAAAUGGCAACUAAGUACAUGAAAGGAGAGAAGAUACAGCGGCCUUCUUACAUUAAUGGUUCCCCCUUUCCGAUAGAAAUCACUUGAUGUGUGAAAUAGUGUAAAUAAACUUGCUAGUAGCAAAAUCAAUCCGUCAGAGACAUUUUGCUCAAUUACAAAGAAUAUUUUUCCCUCCUCUGAAAAAUAAAUACACCAUGGUUCAUUUUAGACAAUACACAGCAAGUAAAUACUGAAGAAGAAAUGGUAAUAUUUUACAUUCAAUUGAUUGCCUAAAGUACCAUCAAAAUGCCUAGCUUGACUAUCUGUCUAAUUUAUGUAUUUUGUUUUUGUGCACUAUUAUAAUACAGUUUGAUGUAUUUUAUUUUUUUAGAUUGGACAAAGUAUGUCUCUCUUGCAUUAUGCAGUUGUUACAUUUAUUGAUUUCUACCCCCUUUGCUAAUGAGGGUGUCCAUUCACAUGCCCAUCAGCCAGUAUUCUGUACCCUGGUGUAUUGGAGAAAUCCAGGUUUGAAUGGGGGGAAAUGGAUGCUGACCACUAUGUAAUUAUUAAAGACGGCAGUAUUGCUGUCUUUAAGACAAUGGCUCAGUCAGAUCUAAAACUAGUAAUCCAAAUGGCUGUCCUCCUGAUUGCACUUAGUAAGGGUUGGUCUAGAUUCCUAAUGUUUCCUAAUCUUUCAAAUGUUUUAUUUCAUGCUGCCACAAAAUAUUGUCUGAACAAAGAAUUAGCUGUCACUUAUAUUCAGCUGCUAUAUACUGUAUAAACGCAUUUUAAGGUAGGUUUGGGAGUUUAUAUUUGUCUUUAACUGGACAUUUUCUGGAUCUCUAUGUACAGUAUGUAAUUACAGCCAAUGUAGGAUGUCUGUAUAUUAGGAUUGUUACUGUUUUUAAAUAAUUGAUUUUGCAACAUUUGUCGGCGCUGUAAUACAAAAAAUGUUGUAACAUCAAUUAUGGGUUGAUUUUGCUGUAUUUUACUUACAAAUCAGAGAAAUACAACUGCUUCACAGAUUUUAACAUACUGUACUGGUGACAGAACAUUCACACCAUGACUGUUACAUUUGAAGGCAGUGUUUGAACAGGUAAAGUGUUUGACAUUCUUUAUUCCAUUAAUUCCUUUUGAGGUUUCAGCUAGGGAAAACUUUCCCUCUGCGAAGCACAGA